GUGUCUCUCUCACCUAUCAUAAGAUCAAUCCAACUAUUAUUUAUUAUUCUUAAAUAAAUAUCUACCUCUACCUCCUUUACUAGUUUUAACCUUGAAGCAAAAGAAACACGAAACCAGAAAGUGAAACACUAAAAAACUAAGAGAAAAGUUAUUAUCAUCGUUGUGAGAAGUGAUCAUGGCAAGUGGAGGAGGUUAUGGAGAUGCAAACCAGAGGAUAGACUAUGUGUUCAAGGUGGUUCUGAUUGGUGAUUCAGCGGUGGGAAAAUCACAGAUACUAGCUAGAUUUUCUAGGAAUGAGUUCAGUUUAGACUCAAAGUCCACCAUCGGAGUUGAAUUUCAGACAAGGACUUUGGUCAUCGAUCAUAAGACUGUUAAGGCUCAGAUCUGGGAUACUGCUGGUCAAGAACGAUACAGAGCAGUUACAAGUGCAUACUACAGGGGUGCUGUAGGUGCAAUGUUGGUUUAUGAUAUCACAAAGCGUCAGACCUUUGAUCAUAUACCUCGCUGGCUAGAAGAACUUCGUAACCAUGCUGACAAGAAUAUAGUCAUCAUUCUUGUAGGGAACAAGAGUGAUCUUGAGAACCAGCGCGAUGUGCCCACAGAGGAUGCAAAAGAGUUUGCUGAGAAAGAAGGCUUAUUUUUCUUAGAGACCUCAGCAUUGCAAGCAACUAAUGUUGAAGCAUCCUUUAUGACAGUUUUGACAGAAAUCUACAACAUUGUCAACAAGAAGAACCUAGCUGCUGAUGAAAGUCAGGGAAAUGGGAACUCAGCAUCUUUAUUGGGCCAGAAAAUUAUUAUCCCAGGUCCUGCACAGGAAAUCCCUGCUAAGAGCAAUAUGUGUUGCCAGUCCUAAUUUUUUUUUUUUCAAAAAUUGUUUCAAUUUAGUAUAUCUUACGGUUCAACGUUCCUGUUACCAAAUUUUGAAAGGUUUGGCGAAUUUCCUUUUGUACAUUUAAAAUUUAAUUUGUUUGAGUUCCUGAGUGAAGGACAACAAAUGAAGGUUAUAAUAUAGAUUGCCGAUAUAAUAUUCAUGAUUCAUAAAUUUCUCAA